AUGGAAGCCUUUAAAGAGAUCAAUGAAUUUGAAGGGGUAAUUGGCUGCAUAGAUGGUAGUCAUAUUGGAAUUUUACCACCAAGAGAACACCCAAAUUCAUAUGUCAACAGAAAAGGUUUUCACUCUGUUUUGUUGCAAGGUGUAUGGGACAAUAGAAAACUAUUUACACAUGUUUAUGUUGGAGAACCUGGAUCAAUACAUGAUAGCCGAUUGUUUGAAAAGUCAGAUCUCUUUGAGAGCAUAGAAAGUGGAGAAUAUGAAUUUCCUAACAAUGCCCAUAUACUAGUGGAUUCAGCAUAUAAAUUAUCAGACUAUAUGAUGGUUGGUUUUAAAAAUAAUAAUAAUUUAACUAACAGACAAAAAAACUUCAAUGCAAAGUUAUCACAAGUCAGAGUAUGUAUAGAGAAUACUUUUGGACUUCUAAAAGGCCGUUUUCGAAGGAUUAAGUUUCUAGAAACAGUAAGGAUGGACUUAAUUUGUUUGCUUGUUUUUUCUGCCUGUCUUUUGCACAAUAUUUGUGUACUCAAUGGGGAUGGAAUUGAUGAUUUAAUAGACGUCAAUCAGGAAGUGGAAGAGGAGAGAGAUCAAAAUGAAGAAAAUGAAUUCAUCUUUGUCAACACAAGGCAAAAUCAGCCAGCUAUUGCCAAAAGAUUGCGAAUUAUGAGUGAAUUGCAAAUAGAUUAA